AUGGGCACACAAAACAUGAGCGAGGCCGGUGCGGGAAGGACCUGCCCAGUGGAGAAUGAGCAGUGUCUGCAGUUGGAGAAGGCGGCUGUGAAAAUUCAGGCAUGGUGGCACGGCAGCACGGUGCGGCAGAUGCUCCUGCACACAGCACUCAGGGCCUGGGCCAUCCAGCACUGAUGGAGGCCGGUGCAGGCCAAGAUGCUGGAGCAGAGGUGGCACCUGGCGCUCAGACUCUACACCUGCAAGGAGUGGGCAGUGGUGAAGGUGCAGGCCCAGGUCCAAAUGUGGCAGGCCCACAGAUGGUUCCUCCAGGCACUCCAAGUGGCCUGCGUCAUCCAGUCUCACUGGCGCUGGCAUGCCAGCCAAACCCAGGGCCUGAUCCAGGGCCACUGUGAGGUCAGAGCCAACCAGCUGUAGCUCGACAUCGGAAUCCCCAGGACCUAG